AUGUCUCAGCUAGUUCGCGACAGCUACCUUGGCCAGUUCCUGCGCUACGCCUCCCAUGGCAAGCUGCUGCCCUUCGAAGAGCAGAAAGACCCAUCUCUGCUGAAGCGCUAUUCCAUCGGCGAGGGGUCUGCGCAAGAUGAUACAUCUGAGUCGAGUGCGAAUGCGGAGAACGCAGAGAAAGGACGAGAUGUCCAGCUUGUGGAUUGGUACGGACCGCAUGAUCCGGAGAAUCCUAAGAAUUGGUCCAGCUUUACGAAAUCUCUGGUUACGUUUGAGCUGUGUCUCUUGACGUUCUCGGUUUAUAUUGGCUCGGCAAUUUAUACAGCAGGAACGGUAGACAUCAUGCGAACGUUCAACGUAAGCGAAGUUGUGGCCACUUUGGGACUUACCGUGUUUGUUCUCGGCUACGGAUUAGGGCCGAUGAUCUUGGCUCCCCUGAGCGAGGUUCCAGCGAUUGGCAGGAAUGCUGUCUACAUCCUUACCCUCGCGCUCUUUGUGUUGUUCCAGAUUCCGACCGCCCUGGCAACGCACUUCGCCAUGCUCGUGGUCUUCCGUUUUGUGACGGGAUUCCUCGGCUCGCCCGCGCUCGCCACCGGUGGAGCUAGCAUAGGAGAUCUGUACUCUCCGCAGAAACGGGCGCUGGCGAUAGGCAUUUGGGGCAUAGCAUCCGUCUGCGGUCCAGUUCUAGGCCCACUCAUUGGAGGCUUUGCAGCUGAAGCGAGAGGUUGGAGAUGGACGAUAUGGGAAUUGAUGUGGCUGUGUGGCUUCACUUUGGUUGUUCUGAUCUUCUUCCUACCAGAAACGUCCUCGAAGAACAUCCUCUACCGAAGAGCGCAACGCCUUCGGAAACUAACUGGCAACGACAAGCUCAUGACUCAGGCGGAGAUUGACUUCCAGCACGUUACUGCUGCAAAGGUGGCCAAAAUGACGAUGGUCAGACCGUUUGUCUUGAUAUUCCAGGAGCCGGUUGUCCUCUUGCUCAACGUCUACCUCGCGCUGGUUUAUGGUCUCCUCUUCAUCUGGUUCGAGUCAUUUCCGCUCGUCUUCGAAGGCAUCUACGGUUUCAAUCUGGGACAAACCGGGCUUGCCUUUCUGGGAAUCCUCGUAGGAGCCAUUGUGGCGAUCCCGCCUUUCCUAUGGUAUAUCCGGGCCGUGCAAGAGAAACAGUUCAACGAGAAAGGAGAGAUCAAACCUGAAAAGAGGUUGCCACCAGCAAUGGUGGGAGCCUUCUUCAUCCCGAUCUGCCUCUUCUGGUUUGGUUGGAGCGCGUGGCCGAGUAUCCACUGGAUCAUGCCCAUUGUUGGCACAGGCUUCUUCAGUGCUGGAGCUCUUCUUCUCUUCAACGGUGUUUUGAACUACCUGCCCGACGCAUAUCCGAACGACAUGGCCUCGGUGAUGGCAGGGAACGCGUUCGUACGAUUCUGCUUCGGUGCCGGCUUUCCGCUCUUUGCUCCCGCGAUGUACAAGAACUUGGGCAUUGAAUGGGCUAGCACGUUGUUGGCGCUGCUAGGCGUUGUGUUUAUACCCAUACCGUUCGCAUUCUACUACGUGAGUAUCCCAGAAAAGGCUCUAUGA